UCCAUAUCAGCCCAUUCACUCCGGACUCGCUCGGCAGCGCCCCCCAGCGCCCCCCAGCGCCUGGGAAAGUCUGUGCAUGACGUGGCGCUGCGUCAUCGGCGCGCGACCGGUUCGAAGCGCGAGGGCGCGAAGCUUCUGCGGCUAAAAUGGAAGUUAAAAUAAAAUAAAACCCACAGAAAACUUCCCCACAAACACGGGGGCUACCGCUACACCGCGGGAGGAUGACCCAGUCUGUCGUGGUCCAAGUUGGUCAGUGCGGUAACCAGGUGGGCUGUAGGUUCUGGGACCUGGCUCUGAGAGAACACGCACACGUCAACAAGAAAGGAAUUUAUGAUGAAGCGCUGAGCAGCUUCUUCCAGAACGUUGAUCCCAGGAGGAGUGAUGGAGCAGGUGGAGGAGCUCCGGGGAGCAGGAUCUCAGCACUGAGGGCUCGGGCGGUGUUGGUGGAUAUGGAGGAGGGUGUUCUCUCUGAGGUUCUGCAGGGACCCCUGCGGCAGCUCUUCAGCUCCACUCAGCUCAUCAGCGACGUGUCCGGCUCUGGAAACAACUGGGCGGUGGGUCAUCACUCUUACGGAGGUGUGUAUGGAGAGCAGAUAGUGGAGCAGGUGCGCAGAGCAGCAGAGCACUGUGACUGCCUGCAGUGCUUCUUCAUCAUACACUCCAUGGGCGGAGGGACGGGUUCUGGUUUGGGGACGCGGGUUCUGAAGCUGCUUGAAGACGAGUUUCCGGACGUUUGCCGACUCGUUACGGCAGUGUAUCCGUCUGCUGAGGAUGAUGUCAUCACUUCCCCCUACAACAGCGUUCUAGCCAUGAGGGAGCUAACGGAACAUGCAGACUGUGUUCUACCUGUCGAGAACCAGUCUCUGGUGGACAUUGUGAGUAAAAUCCAGCACAUGGCCCACAGCGGAAAACCAGGCAGCGUGAUAAAGAAGGACUGCACCAUCAUCUCGGGGCAAGGGGGCGUGUCCAGGACUGAGAAACCCUUCGAUGCCAUGAACAACAUAGUGGCCAACCUUCUGCUGAACAUAACCAGCUCGGCACGCUUUGAAGGUUCUCUCAACGUGGACCUGAACGAGAUCGCAAUGAACCUGGUCCCGUUUCCACGGUUACACUACCUGGUGUCCAGUCUGACUCCUCUCUACACACUGGCAGAUGUUAAUAUUCCCACCCGCAGGCUGGAUCAGAUGUUCACAGAUGCCUUCAGUAAAGACCACCAGCUGAUGAGAGCUGACCCCAAACACAGCCUCUAUCUGGCCUGUGCUCUAAUGCUGAGGGGCAACGUCCAGCUCUCUGACCUCCGCAGGAAUAUUGAGAGGCUGAGGCCGGCUCUGUCGUUUGUUCAGUGGAAUAAUGAAGGAUGGAAGACGGGUCUGUGUUCGGUUCCUCCUGUUGGUCACUCUCACUCUCUGCUGGCUCUGGCUAAUAACACCUGUGUAAAGUCCUCGUUUACGGAGCUCAGAGAGCGCUUCGUCAAGAUCUACCGCAAAAAGGCUCACCUGCAUCAUUAUCUGGGUGUGGAUGGGAUGGAGGUGGGGGGGUUCAAUGAGGCUCUGAGCUCCCUCUCCACUCUGAUAGACGAGUACAGCCAGCUGGACUCCACCAGAACAGCUCCCACCCAGGAUCCCCCCAGACUCAACAUCGCCACCUAACAUCCAGGACUCUCCCAGACUCGAUUUCAUCUAACGUCACGGACCCCCCCCAGACUGAACAUUGCCACUUAAUGUCCAGGACCACCCCAAGGCUCAACAUCACCUCCUAAUGUCCAGGGUCUCUGCCCCACUCCAACCCUUUUAGACUCUACAUCACUUUUUAACAUCCAGGAACCCCACAGACUCAACAUCACUUCAGUGUCCAGGCCUCCCCAGAAUCAACAUCUCCCGACAUCUGGGACCCCCCAGGCUCAGAUAUCAUCACUGAAGUCCAGGCCUCAACUAGGACUGUAUAGAGUCAGCCUCUUCACGUCAAGGACCCCAGACCCUGGAUUUCUAACGGAUGAAUUUCUAGAUUGUUUCUACGACUGUAUGAUUUGACCGCAGUGGCUCCUCAUGGCGCUCGGUUCCAUGCUGUGUGUGCCGAACUGAGGUUUGUUAGUUAGUUAAUCAGCUAUUGAGGUAUUUAUGAUAAUGAAUGUAGUAAUUAUAAUGUUUGUUUGUUUACAGUUUGCCGUGAAAGUGCACACAGUUAAUUAAACCACACAGUCACUCCGAUCCGGUCUUUCAUGUUCCUUAUCAUCAUCACCAUCAUCGAAACAGAAGCGGAUUGUUUUUAAUCAGAUCGAUUAGUCGCCCUGUGAAUUUCUGAUCUUCUCAUCGUUUCUGUGUGAUGUUAAAUAUUAAGAUGCUUUAAGUGGAAAUCUUUUAAUUACACUACUUAUUAAAACAGUCGCUGCUUUCA